GAGAGGGCUUGGUCAAUGAGGUAUACAAUACCUCACACUUUUUGGCUUCUUAGAAGGGCACCCAUGUUUUUGAGGAACAAAGAAAGCCAAAGCAGGAGAAAAUCUAGCAGCCUAGCCCCUCCAACCAGUGUCUUCUUUCGAAGGAAAGGCAAGAAAACCUCUAGCUGCUCCAGAAACCAUAGUCUCACAAAAGUUUCCUAUUUUGGUUAUUCUUUUUGUUUCAAAAGCUCGUGUUUGCUUAUCUCACCCAGAAAAACUUCUUUUGAACCCUCCUUGAGUUCAAAGCACAGAAAGAUUUGAACUUUGAAGUGAAUACAAUAAAGGGUCCUGCAGCUCUGAAUUAUGAAGAGGUUCAGUAGAUCAGAUUCUCUGGAUUCUCUGGGUACCUUGAUCCCUAAUUACCCACCAAAAGAGGAGGAGAAGCAUAAUAAAAAGAACAAUGGUGGUUAUAGCAAGGAAUUCCAGACAAUGUUGGAUUCUUAUGACCAAGAAGAUUGCGGUGAAGAAAUCCUAGUGAAGAAAAGGCGCUUAAGCUCACAUCAAGUCAAGGCUUUGGAGAUGAGCUUUGAGGUUGAAAACAAGCUAGAGCCAGAGAGGAAGGUGAAACUAGCUGCGGAAUUAGGCUUGGAACCAAGACAAGUAGCUAUUUGGUUCCAGAACCGCAGAGCUCGUUGGAAGACUAAGCAGUUGGAAAGAGAUUACAGUGUGCUGAAAGCUGAUUAUGAUGCCUUGAAGCACAAUUAUGAUGGCCUUGAUAGACAGAAUAAAGCUCUAGCCGAUCAGCUAAAAGAUCUAAAAGCAAAGCUGUGUAGAGAUAAUACAGAAAGCGGUCAGUCUGUUAAAGAAGAAUCACCAAUUUCAGUGUACAAGAGCAGUGUAGUGGAGCAAAGUAGAGACCAGGAUUUGAGUGACAAUGGUGACAAUGCAGGGCUGGAUUUGUACAAGAAUUUGAAAUCCAAAGAUGGGUCAUCAGAUAGUGAUUCAAAUGGAGCUAUGAAGGAAGAGAGCAAUGGCAAUGAGUCUUCUCUGGGGUACAAUGGUCAUUCAUUGUCUUCGAAUUCGAUGAUGAACUGGUUUCAGGUAUCAGAUUCUAGGUCAGGUAAUAAAGGGUAUCAUCAUCAAGCUCAGUUUGGGAGGAUGGAGGAGCAGAGUUUGUUUAGCACAGAGGAGUCCUGCAAUUUCUUUUCAGUUGAUCAAGCUCCUAGUCUUCACUGGUAGGAAGUAAAAACUAGUUUGGAUGGUUUAAUAAGAUUGGUCAUAAUUUUGUAACUUAGAAGUCCAGUUGAAGCUUUACGGCCAGAACAUGUUGUAGAAAUCACAGAAUUAAACUUUUAGUUCAACUGCUAAGAAGAGCUAAAAGUUUCUCUUUGGAGUCUGCAUCUGUGUUACUAUAAAACAAGUCGCUACAAACUA